AUGCGAUAUCCCGCCGCGCGUCUGCGUCUGGACUGGAGCAAUCUGGGGAAGUGCGGUUGUUACCCGACACUAUGGGACCUGAGCAUGACGAACGCCGUGAGCGUCAUGAACGUCGUGAGCGGCAUGCACGUCGUGAGCGUCAUGAGCGUCGCCGUCGCGAACGUGCCGAACGUCUUGCACGUCUCGAGCAUCCUGAGCGCCCCAUGA